AUGGAGAUGAACUCCGACGACUCCAUGUCGUUGUCCUCCGAGUCCGGUUGGUCUUCGUCGGACGAUUCGGACAUUGAGGAGUUGCUUCAAGACGAUGACGUGGAGAUGAUGAGCCUCCUCGUCGAUGUCCAAGAGAUCGAAGAUCGCGCAAAGCUGUUGGAUCAUAGGAGAGGAUCGGUGAUGGGGCGAGAGUACAUUUACCGCAACCGUGGUCUCGGGCACGAGCAACUGAUGCGAGACUACUUCGCGAAGGAGCAUCCUACAUACCCACCUCGCCUCUUCCGGAGAAGGUACCGAAUGCGUCGUAGUUUGUUUGUGAAGAUUGUUAAUGAUUGUGAGGCCGCCUCGGAUUACUUCAAGCGUCGUAGGUCCGCCUCCGGUCAAUGGGGGCUUAGUGCUUAUCAAAAGAUAUCGGCGGCAAUGCGUGUGCUCGCCUAUGGCGUACCCGCGGACUAUACCGACGAGUAUCUUCGCAUUGGUGUACAAACAACCACGGAUUCCGUCCGUAGGUUUGCAAAGUUGGUCAUCCGGUUGUAUGGUGAUUUGUAUCUUCGGGCACCCAACGAGGAAGAUACAAAGAGGUUGAUGGAGAUGAAUGAAAAAAGGGGAUGGCCGGGGAUGCUUGGUAGUCUUGAUUGCAUGCAUUGGACAUGGAAAAAUUGCCCCAAAUCAUGGCAUGGAAUGUAUUGUGGAAAAAACAAGGAUGCAACCAUUGUGCUUGAGGCCGUGGCAUCGGAGGACACAUGGAUUUGGCAUGCAUUUUUCGGUUUUCCAGGUACACUCAAUGAUAUCAACGUGCUCAAUAGAUCUCCUUUGUUUGCAAGAUUAGUUUCUGGAGAUGCUCCAACUUGCAACUCCGGGAUGAUCUUGUAG